AUCAAUUCGGGAAUGUAAACCCAUGAACACAUGUUGUACCGGCUAUGAGGGAUCGAUGCUACGUAUUCAUGUUCUUAAAGAUGAUAAAAAAACUUGCAUAAAGAUAGAAAAUUGUACAUUCUUAUUGUAAACAUGAUCAGAAACGUUUGGUCUGUGGUAGUGUAAACAUUUUAAUUGUCAUAUACUUUGGACAGUAUUGCAACAGUUAAAUCAUGGAAACAUCUCUUAUUAUACGUUCAUACAUGAUAGUAUUUAGUAUAGCAGCAUUAGUCCUUCAAACAAUUGGAUUAACAGGAAACAUGUGGUUUGGAUUUUCACUUACUAUGAAUAAAAACGGAAUAAAUGUCACGGGUAAGAUGCACGGUGGCUUGCUAGAGUUUACACCAUUAGAAAUUUGUGAUGGUUCAGAAACAACGUGCAAAACGCCCGAUCAAUUUCCAGAAAAUCAAAGAAGAACUUUUGAUGAAAUGGAUAGAAAGUUUUCUGACAUCCUUAAAGUACUAAGAAGUUUGGUCAUAACAGGUAUAGCAACUUCAUCAUGUGGUAUGGUUAUGCUAUUUUUAUAUCUGUUCACUUCAAAAAGACCAAAGACAUUACUGUGUACAGGGACUGCUUCCGCUAUAGCAUGGAUGUUCGCAGCACUGCCUGUGUUUACUGCUAUUGGGGUACAAUUAUAUCUCAACAUGAACAUUAAACGAUCCAGUAAAUUCCUGACAACAACUGGUACAAGUGAGGUUGAAGAUCAACUACAUAUCUCAUUCAUUACACCUUGGGACUUGAUCAUAAUAGGUGUCGGCGGAGGUUUGGCUUUUAUUGUUGGUAUACUGGUGUUUCUAACUACUGUAGAUAAAUCAAGAAAUACACCUAAAGUCCGUUUUAGAAAGAUCUCACGAGAUACCGACGAGAUUAGAAUUGUUGAAAAUGAAGAAGAAUUUACGGAUGAAGAGGAAGAAUUCUGAAAGAUUUUUGUGAUGGUUAUAGCUUAGUUCCACAUAUUUUUGUUUGCCCUUUAAAUUGGCAAAAACAAACACGCUUUGUGACUGUGGUUUCUUUUCCUGAAAACAUUUUAUUACAAACUGAGGACAUAGACGAAAACUCUGAAUUUGGUUUACAUAAAAUUUGAAACAUGAUUAUGCUCUUAAACAACGAAAUUGAUUACUAACUAGAAUCCUAAAUGAUUUCAGUGAUCUUGGUCUACAGUAUUAAUAUUUUAUAUAUCUGGUUAUUUACAUCUGGAUGAAGACCCAUAUUGAAUAACUGACAGUCAAGUGAACGGACACAAAACAGAAACAGAUUCCAAAUAAGCAUUUCAACAACAACAACAAAAAAUGUAUUUAUAUUCACAAAAUAACUUGGAAUUCGAAUCUAAUGUGUUUUAUAUAUUUUUUUUUUAAUAUAUGUAGACCCUAUGGUAUGCUCCUAGUUUAUUUUGAAGAAUUUAUUUUGGUAGGAUUGUAUAGAAGCUGUAAGCUUAUAGACACACAAUCCAAUCCGUUCUAGGAAAAGAUCCUAGAUAAUGUUGAUAUAACAUUUGGUCCAACCCUUUGUAUGUACAUUGUAUUUAUGCUUUAGAAUAUUAUUGUCAAGCUGUGUUAAUAUAUCAUGUACAAAUAUACAAUAAAAUAUUAUUAAAUUCAAACCCCACUUUUUUAUACAUAUACGUAUAUGUAUGGUAGCUUAUAAUCCAUACAUGAUGUGCAUUGUAUGAUAUGAAUAAUACAAGUC